GCCCAGGCCCUCCCGCCCCGCCCGCGCAGUCAGGCUCUUUCCCGUCCCGGGCGCUUGGUGACAUUGAAUGCGGUCGCGCCGUCACCGGCCGGGAGGCGCUGUCGGGUCGGCGGAGUAGGCGGCCAUGGGGAGCCUGCGCGGCCUGCGCCAGGUGGCGGGAAGUUAUUUUAGGUUAUAUGAAAGAGGUGCUUCUUCAUCCCUAAGACUUACCAGAAACUCUGCUUUGAAGAGAAUAAAUGGAUAUUGUGCCAAACCACAAGAAAGUCCAAAAGCUCCAUCCUACACUUACAGCCACAGAGUGCCAUUACACAAACCUACACAUUGGGAGAAGAAGAUCCUGCUGUGGUCAGGUCGCUUCAAAAAGGAAGAUGAAAUCCCAGAGACUGUCUCGUUUGAGAUGCUUGAUGCUGCAAAGAACAAGAUCCGGGUGAAGGUUAGCUAUGCAAUGAUUGUCCUGACAGUGGCAGGAUGCAUCUGGAUGGUUAUUGAGGGCAAGAAGGCUGCCAAAAGAAACGAGUCCUUAACAAGCCUGAACUUAGAAAAAAAAGCUCGCCUGAGAGAGGAAGCAGCUGUGAAGGCCAAGACAGAGUAGCAGUGGUAUCCAUGCUGGCUGGACUUUGAAAAUGCAGGAAUAAUGUUGCAGCAUUAGCCUGUAUUAAAAGAAUAUGGUAUGAGGAUUCAUUUCAUGAAUCCAAAGUGUGGUUUGCACAGACUUAUAAUUUCCCUAUUUCUGCUAUAAUGGUACAAAUAAAUUUCCUUUAAGAAAUGUCAAAGAAAAAAAAAGAAAUGACUUGUCUUAUGUUUUUGUGGCUUUGAUCCGGGUUAAAUGCAGCCUUUCAGGUCUUGGAGAAAAUGAAGAAUGGGGCAACUGAUUUAAACUUUAGUAUUAACUCUCCUUUAGAGAGUCAGAUACCGUAUCUUACUUUACUUCCCGUAUUUCCCAUUUCCAUUACCAAAGUGACUUCCUCUGUAGAAGCCAAAAUGGCUUCUAGUUCUGUAUUUCUCUCUCUUGUGUACUCAUUUCUAGAGAGAUAAGGAAGGCCAGCUGAGUAUGCCGCCUAGGUACAUCCUGGGGAGCUAACCACCCCAAAUGCCAGAACCCCGCAAAGAAGCUGGAUCAUACUCUGCCGUCUUGGGGCAUGCUGGCAGACUGAGGCUUAUCAGACAGCAGUCUUGGAAAAGGUCCCAGUAGGGUGAUGAGAGUCUGGCCAUGAGUUUCUGAGAAUUCUGAAAUCCCAGCACUUGGGGCCAGCACACACCUUCUACUCUAUGGCUUCGAACUCCCAAUUAGUCCUUUUGCUUUUACUUUUACACUGAAUUUCUCAAUUACAAAAAUCUAUCAAAUGCAUUUUUCUUACAAAUGUUGAGAGAUAAGCAUUGGCACAUGGUAUGUAUUUCAUUUACACUUUGGGAUGCCAGCCUGUCUCAUACUUAAGUAUGGAUGCUGGUUUCUAUUUUAAGAAUUUCUUAUAUUCUCACAUGUCUCAGGAGUAUUAAUGGCUGAGAAGUCCUCAUCCCAACCUGCUAAUUGUCUUCAGAGGAUUAUUACAGAUAGGAAGUAAUAUAUGCAGCUGUAUCGCACCACAUGGAAUUUCAUAAUCUGAUGAUGUUAAUGAUGUUUGUUGAUAUACUUUAGAGUAAUCUGACCUUGGCUUUUUAGAUAUCAAGUUCUUUGAUUUUAAUCUACUUCUUUAAAAAAUAAGUAGUUUUCCUUCAUAGAAUACUACCAUUUUUAACUACUAAAGAAGUAUUUUAAAGUGUUAUCUUGGACAUUUAUUGUAAAAAAGUUUCAUUAAACCAAAACUCCCACAUGUUAAAAUGAA